AUGGGGAGCAAGUAUGCAACUCCGGGGUUGGCUCCCAAACCGCAGCAGACGAUGCUGUCCUUCUUCAUCACGCUUUUAAUCUUUGUCGUCGUCGGCUAUUUCGCCCUGUUCCCGCCCACGCGGUCGCUUAGUCGACUCCGCAGUCGACUCGAAGGCAUGUUGCUACGGAUACCACUCCCUUCGUACCUCGGUCCACCGUCUGAUCUCGCCAUCGCCGUUCGCUCGUUCAGCGACUACCACCACGCUCAGUCGCAAGCGCUGAACCCGCGAUGGCGGUCGUACGAACGCCUACCUCGCAAGCAGCGAGCAUUGGGGGACAAGCUCGGGUGGAAGAACAAGCUACACGAGGUCGAGGAAGCCGUCUCGGUCAAUGCUCGGAUAUGCGAACUCCUCGGCGUGCUGGGGAUGGACGAGGCGAGGCGCACGGGGGAAGUGCUUGGGUUCAGGAGUCGAUUCAGCAGGCAAGACGGCAGGGUCAUCGAGGUGAGAGAGAAUUUGAGCAGACAUAGGCGGACGAGAUCACUUGGGCUCAGAACUCAUGCUUGCAUCCACGCAGGUUCUCAAGCACUUUGUGCGAGAUUGGAGUGAGGAAGGAAAGUCGGAACGUGAUGCUCUCUUUCCCCCGAUCCUUGAUGCGCUCACGACCGAAUUCGGCGGACGGAUAAAGAGUGGGGAGAAGCCUAGGGUCCUCGUUCCGGGGUCAGGGCUCGCUCGGUUAGCAUAUGAAAUUGCUUCGAGUGGGUUUCAUGCGACAGCGAAUGAUUGUCAGUCUUUCGUGUUGAGCUCCGCCUAAUUCCGAGUCCUGACGUCGAUGCGACGCUUCACUAUGCUCAGACUCUCAUUUCAUGAACAUCGGAGCGUCCCUAAUCUUCAAGGCCACAACACGGACAAACGAACACAUCGUACACCCCUACUUGCACACGUUCUCGCACCAUCGAUCGACCGACUCGAUGAUCCGCGGUGCUCGGUUCCCUGACGUCGUGCCGUCGAGGGAUGCGGAUCUCGAGUUCAAGUCAGGGGACUUUUUGCGCCUCUUUCCUGAGCCAUCCUCGUUCGAUGCCAUCGCGACGCUGUUCUUCAUCGAUACUGUGAGUUUCUAUCAUAUAAUAGUAAUCACAAUCAUAUCAUCACAUGCUGAAGAUGUCGAGUGAACCCUAGGCGUCCAACAUCGUCUCGUAUCUCGAAAUGAUCUGGCGACUGCUCAAGCCCGGGGGCUCUGGAUCAACGAAGGACCUUGCUUGUGGUUUGGCACACCGAGAAUGGCACUUGCGUCAGUUAUUCUGCUACUUGGAUUGACUUUAAUCGCUCGCCGCUAACUAACGAGUUUGCUGAGCAGGAUGGACGACAUCGUGCGACUGGCCGAGCUGAUCGGCUUCGUGAUCGAAGAUCGCAAGACGAUCAAGGAGGCUCGGUACACGUCCGAUACUGAGGGUGAGCUCGCGUUGGAGUACGAGACACUUCUGCAAGUACUAACAAAAUAUGUUACCGGGGUGAAAUUAUUCAGGAAUGUACAUGUAAGCCCCUUCCGUGUUUGUUGUCGUUGCUUCCUAAGGCUGAGUUCAUAUCUUGCCCGGUACAGGUUCGCAUACGACUGCGAAUUUUGGGUCGCAAGGAAGCCAACUGCAGUGGGUACUCGCACGCCCUGA